AACAUGUUUCCGGCCUCCUCUGUUUCUGUGUUUCCACCAGCAGAGGCCUCUCUCUCUCUCCCUCCCUGCAGCUUCAUCCUCUCCAGCCCAACACAACACAGCCCUCCUCUCUGAGCCUGUUGGCCUGCUGACCCCGGUGCUCUGCGGCUGGAGGCGGACACAUUCCUCUGUCCUCCCCCAGGACUCCUGCUCCUGACUGACUGACGGCGGGAGGAGGGAGGAGGGAGGAGGCUGCUGCUGUACGCAUUUAAUUAGUGAGGAAGAAGACGAAGAAGAGGCGUCAGGACGGACACCGCCCCCCCUCCUCCACCCUCCUCCAGGCUGCUGCAGCUCCGGCUCUCUGCAGACUUCAGCUCGACAGCUCGGAGCUUUAACGCAGCGGUGGAACGUUUACGCGUAAAAGUGACAUUCUGGAACGUGUCGGAGAGGAUUUAACGCACACUGGCGGAUGUUUGUGGAGUCAAAUGUGUCUUUUUUCCAGCGUUGGAGUUCCGGUGUGAAGUUUUUGGAUCACAUCUGUAAUAGAAAGGUGUUUUUAAACUGCCGUUGUCUCUGGUUCAGUGAGUGAUGAGUGAUUUGGAGACGUCAGCUCCGCACACUCCAUCACCCCGCCGGGGCUGAGCUGAGAGCUGAAGGGAAAGUAAGAAACCACCUGUUGUGGAAGUUUCCCGGAGCUUUUCACGGAGAAAGCCGAGCUGCUGGAACGGGACCUGCCGGACAGAACCGAGUGGGAGACGCGCGAGUAGGAGGAGGAAUGCGGGUUUUACGCACGGAGCAGACGCGGUUUCUGAGAAGAGGCGACUCUCUAAUGAGUGAUAAUCUGCACAGUCGCGUCUCCGGGCUCCGUGUUGUUGUGUGUUUGCAGUGAGAGAGAGCAUGUUGCCAUGGUGUCCCGGGCUCAGAUGAGCAGCACGGAGGAGCUCCGGUCGGGAUGGCUCGGGAGGACGCGGUGAGGUGUCUGCGAUGUCUGCUGUACGCGCUCAACCUGCUGUUCUGGCUGAUGUCAGCAUGUGUGCUGGGAGUGGCAGCCUGGAUCAGAGACCAUCUGAACACCGUACUGACCCUGACGGCUCACACCAGGUUGGAGGAAGCAGCCGUCCUCACGUAUUCUCCGGCUGUUCACCCCGUCAUCAUCGCCGUGUGUUGUUUCCUCAUCAUCGUGGCCAUGGUGGGAUACUGUGGCACGCUCAGGUGUGACCUGCUGCUGCUGUCCUGGUAUUUCUGCAGCCUGCUGGUGAUCUUCUGUGUGGAGUUGGCCAGCGCUGUUUGGACCUACGAUGAGCCCUCCGUGCAGCGCUCUGACAUGAUCAGUCUGAAGUCUCGGAUGCCGAGCUACGGCCUGCAGCGCUACCAGUGGCUCACACACACCUGGGACAGCUUCCAGACAGAGUUUAAAUGCUGCGGGGUGAUCUACUUCACUGAUUGGCUGGAGAUGACAGAAAUGGAGUGGCCACCUGACUCCUGCUGCUCCAGUCAGUAUCCAGGAUGUGCUCGCCACGCCCACUACCACGACCUCAGCGACCUGCACCAAGAGGGUUGUGGUCCAAAGAUCUACAGUUUCAUUCGAGGGACGAAGCAGCUGCAGGCGUUGCGUUUCCUGGGCGUGUCCAUCGGCGUGGCUCAGAUCCUGGCCAUGGCGCUCACCCUCACACUGCUCUGGGCGCUUUAUUACGGGAGGAAGUCUCCAGAGCUGGACUCCACGGCGCCGCCGCCGACGGACGACUCCACCCCCCUCACAGUGACACAUGGACCCUCAGCUGAGGCUUCACCGUCAGGCUGCAACCACACGAUGACCGCCGCCGCUGCCGCCUCCAAGCCGAGUGAACUCCAGAUUGAGAUGGAAUGUUUGUCGUAGCAGCCUGAACACAACUGAGGGAAAUCAAAGUAUAAACUCUUAUUUUAGUAGAUUUAUUCAUCGUUUCUAUCAGUAAGAAUAACAUCUCACUAAGUUAUUAUCUGAGACCACGAUGACGACUGCAGAGAUCUUCACAGGUCCACUCGGUUCCUGGUUAGACUCAUGAGAAGGCGUAUAAACAGAACGAGAUUACACUGACGUUCUGCGUGUCAUGAGGACGCAUUUUAAGCUUUUCACGUGUCAAUUGUACACCACACAACAAAACUACGAUAAUGAUCGCGGUUAUGUUUAGGAAACAAUACUGCGUAGAUAGGUUUAGGGAAAACAUCAUGGUUGGGCUUAAAAUAAGUACGUAAACCAAGUAAAAUACGUACAGAAACAACGUACCAUUGGUAUGGAAAACACAUAAAAAUCGUCACUAACGUAACUUAAGAUAAGUAUAUAAACUAAGUAAAAUACGUACGGAAACAACGUACCACUAGUACGGAAAACACGUCAAAAUCAUCAGUAAAGACACGUCAGAAACGUCACUAACGUAACUUAAAAUAAGUAGGUAAACUAAGUAAAAUACGUAAGGAAACAACGUAACAGAAUUACGGAAUACACGUCACAAACGUCACUAAAAAAACAUGUCACAAACUGACGUAAACUAAUGUAACUUAAAAUAAGUAGUUAAACUAAGUAAAAUCCGUAUGGAAACAACAAAACAUCAGUAUUCCCUUAAACACGUCACAAACGUAACUAAUGUAACUUAAAACAUCCCUAAAAAACACGUUACAAGCGUCACUGACGUUACUUAAAAUAAGUACGUAAAAAAAGUAAAAUAUGUACGGAAAACACGUCACAAACGACAAUAAAAAAACACAUCACAAACAUAAACUAAUAAAACUUCCAAAACCAAACAGCGGCCUCCUGGUUAAAGUCCUGUGUUUUUUGGACCCCGUCCACCACACCUCAGCAGUCUCUCUGUCUCUUUUCAUUCAACGUCACUAGCUCUGAGCGUAGCAUAGUCACAUGGUCAGUACAGGAUACACGGCGUACAAAUGACACGCCAAGAGCAAGAACAGCGUUUUUAUCGCUCGCUAAAUGCCUUGCGCGCUAUCGUUCAUACUCCUUUUCCUGCGACCGGGCUGAUCUCAGAUAUGAACUCAAUGAGUGAAAUUGUUAUUACUGAUAGAAAUGAUGAACUAAACUACCAAAAUAUGAGCAGAGUUGUAUGAAACCGGAGUUCUGAUGAAGAGGAACUGUAAAAGGAAACCUGGAUUCUGGUACUUUCUUUGGUACUUUGUGGUUUUUCACUGGAUUAGAACAUGAACUGAAGCAUUGAUGGAGACCGCCGUUCUUCUAUCUGGUCUUUCACCACUGAAAAGGCAGAAUAAACAUUGACUGAAUCAAAACUGUCUUUCUGAACUUUAAAGAACUAAAGUGAGUUGUUUCCGUCAGUUGUUGAGUCGUGUCAGGAGCCACUGGAAGAUAAACUCACAUGUUUAUCAGAGUGUCAUAUUGUAUCUGAGAAAAUGUGCAUGGUGUUGAAUAUUUAAUAUUUGUCUCACAGUUAUUGAAACGUUUGAUCAUUUUCUCACUGCAAUAAAAACUGAACAUUAA